GUACCGUCCUGACCCGCGGGACGUCUGCCUCGCCCCUUGGCCUCGCUCUACGGUUUGCGGCACCACUAAACAAAUACUCUGAGAAGACCAUAAAACGUUUAGUAAUUCCUUAGACUCUCCCUUGCUUUACGUAGUGGCGUAAGGGCCCGCACCCAAGAAAAGCCCGGUAGUAACGAUGACUAGAGCAACGUCCUUGAUGAGUGACACCUGACGUCUGCUAGGGAGGCUUCAGCAGGUAAUAACAGGCAAGCUGGGGACGCUGGCCAAAGUAGCUGAAGGGCAUCAUGGAGUUUGUCAUUGGAGCUACGGCAGCUUGUGGGGCAUGCCUCAUAUCCAACCCGAUGGAUCUCCUCAAAACACGCAUGCAGCUGCAGGGGGAGCUGAGGGCAAAAGGUCACUACACUGUGGUUUACAAGAACAUCAUUCAUGCUGCAUAUGCUGUUGCCAAAGCUGAUGGUAUUCUGGGACUCCAGAAAGGGUUAGCUCCAGCCAUGUGUUACCAAGUGGUGAUGAAUGGAGUGAGGUUUGGACUUUAUCGCAAAGUCCUUGAUUCAGGGAUAAUAUCCCGCGCUGAUGGGAGUGUGUCCACUAUUGGCUGUGUAUUGGCAGGAGCAGGUGUUGGGGUCAUUGGUGGCUUUCUUGGCAGUCCCCUAUACCUGGUAAAGAUUCACUUACAGUCUCAAGCAGCAGAGUCUAUUGCAGUCGGGCAUCAGCAUAAACAUCAAGGAUUCCUUUCUGCCAUGUCCAGCAUCAACAGCAAGGAGGGCAUCAGGGGCCUUUGGCGAGGAUCCGCCUCUUCCAUUCCCCGGGUUGGCAUUGGGUCUGCCUCCCAGCUCUUCACAUACUCCAAGAGCAAAGACUGGCUAGACCACUAUGGAUUGUAUCCACGAGACAGCUGGCAGAGCACAUUCCUGGGGGCCAUGACAAGUGGACUGGUGAUUGCUACAUGCAUGAGCCCCUUUGAUGUUGUGUCAACAAGAAUAUAUAAUCAAGGGCUUGACAGUAAGGGGCGUGGCAUGCUGUACAGUGGAAUAGUGGACUGUAUCAUCAAGAUCAGCCACAGUGAAGGCCUCCAAGGUUUUUACAAAGGCUGGUCUGGUAUCUACUUAAGGAUUGGUCCACACAGUUUCUUAAAUCUAAUACUCUGGGAUUUCUUAACUAUACUUCACAAAAAGUACAGGAAUAAACAUGAAGAAGGGAGGAGCUGAUGAGAAGCAAACACGUCAUAAACAGAGGAAAAUGAAGACCAACUAAUGGGAAAAACUUGUGGAAAUAAUUAGUGUCAUCAAAGUUGCUUCAAAGUGCCAAGGUAUUCCUGAUGAACUACGAAUAGUUUCAUCAUCGGGGUCCUAUGGCAAUCCACCACCACUGUCACUCUUCCUUCAGUAGCUGAUGGCAACGUGUAAUCAAGAGUAUUCAGCAUGGAGUAAAAUUUGCACAAAAACACUGCUUGGUAGUGGUAACAGGAAAAGAAACAAUUUAAACUUUAGUCAAACAAGAUAACCAACAGCUGAGCAUCAGAUUGCAGUGACUGAGUCUGGUGAAAGUUUACCGUGUUAGUGUUAUCUGGUCCAUUUAUUUCCUACCUUAUUUGAACGUCAAUCAGUUCUUGUCCAUCUCUUUGAACCAGAAUUUAUUUAAUACCCCUUGCUGCAGGCCUGACAUCAAUUUCAGUACAAGUAUCUUAUUACAUCCCCUUUUUUAAUCCUUUCGGCCCAUGUAAAUGCAUCAGCUAGACCACAAUGCAGUUUAUGCCUUUCCAAAGAGUGCAAUUUAAGUUUCUUCAAUGUUUCUCUGUAUGAUAAGUUUGCAAGCCCUCGGACCAUUUUUUGUAAUUAUUCUGCACAGAUUCAAGGACUUUACAUCCUGUUUGUAAUACAUAGGCCAAAACUGGACAGCAUAAUAUAUGUGAGAGCUAACCAAUGUCAAGUAAUAAUAUUUCAAAGAUUACCUUCAGCACACUUCUAAAAAUAGAGCAGUUUAUUAUUUUUUUUUUUCUGUGUGGUUUGUUUUGCUUGAUGUAGAGUUUUUCCAUUAAUUAUUACCAGAGUCCUAGACCCAACCAGACCCCCAUGGUCCCUUCUUCCAUUUAGGUUACCACACCUCAGCUCACACAGAUGUUAGUGGUGCCACUGACAGUAUUUCUGACUUUAUUGAUUUCCUACACAUUCCCACAGUCUCAGACUAGGAGUACAUGCUAUAAUUAUCAUAACUAGUGUUUGCAACAUUAACCAAACAUUCCUACUGUUUCAGAUCAGAAGAAUGUGCUAAUAUUUUUUCAUGAAUUAACUACUCACAGUAUUAUAUAAAUAUUUAAUGCAUAUAACUAACAUUACUGUAUAUAUUUUGUAAAGUAUUCCAAAUGCUUGGCACUUCUGUUUGAAUGCUCAUGAAGUGAAAAUGUUUCAUGGAAAUGGAAGAGACAAUAUGUUGCCAUUACUGAGCUGUAGCAGUAAAGUACUUAGUUAUUUGUUGUAUAUAACAAAUGUAUAUCAGUGCACAUGUAAAGCCUCAUUUUGUAUAUAAUGAAUCUCUGGUUUAAGGUUUCAAGCACAUCUCAAAAUAAUAUAUGAGAUUUAUGCACAAAUAAAUAUAUUCUA